AUCAACUCUGCAUAAUACUUCCAACAAGAAAAAGAAGCGUCACAUUUUUCUUGAAAUAAAGAAGCGAAUAUCUGAUUGAUUAAAAAUAAUUAAUUAAAUAAAAAAAGAUUGAAUCCGUGGUGGUCCAAAUCACAAAUCGAGUGGCGUGGUUGCCAUAUGGCAAUUCCUAUCUUUUCGUCUUCCACUCUCCGCCAAAUGUCUGCAACCGCCGCCGUACCUGCUUCAACUACCAUGCCCGCCGCUGCAACUUCUGCUUCCGCCUCCUCCUCUUCCGCCGGUCACUUAUUCAAUCUCAAUCACAAUAAGCUCAUUGUUUCGCUUAAUGGCAGAAGAAAGUCAAUUAGUGCAUCCUCCUCCUCCUUCAUCAGCUCAUACCGAUUCAACUUCAGCAUUUCUAGAUCCUCUCGGAGGAUCUCUUACCCUUCUUCCUUCAGGAUCAGACCGCUCUCUCCUGUCAUGGAAUGGCAAGAUUGCACGGUCAAAAUGGAAGUAGAUGUGCCCGUUUCAGUGGCUUAUAAGUGCUAUGCUGAUCGUGAGGCCAUUCCUGAAUGGAUGCCUUUUAUUUCAACUGUAAAGAUUUUGGAGGAUAAGCCUGACUUAUCAAGAUGGUCGCUGAAGUAUAAAGCUUUCGGGCAGGAUAUUGAAUAUUCAUGGCUUGCUCGAAAUAUGCAGCCUACUCCAAACCAGAAGAUCCACUGGAGAUCUCUGGAGGGACUUUCUAACAGGGGAGCUGUGCGAUUUUUCCCCAAAGGCCCAUCAUCCUGCAUCAUAGAACUAACAGUUUCAUAUGAAGUGCCUCAACUGUUGGUUCCAGUGGCAUCAGCAUUGAAACCAUUUCUUGAAAACCUGCUGUCACAAGGGUUGGAACGCUUUGCAACAUUUGCUAAGAGCUACUCAGCUGACACACCUAAAUGAUGUAUAAACUAAAUUCAUGCCAAUAAUGGCUCCGUCACUUGCUUUUUACAUCGGGGUUAGAAGCAAAUUGUACAAUUAUGGUGGACGGACUUUUAAAGGUGCAAAAGAUGAACUCAAUUCUUAGAUAUUGUACUGAAUAUAAAACCAUUUAGAAAGUAACUGUAUUUGAGGAGCCAAAGCAGUAGUUAGGCUAUUUGAAACUGGGAAAUAUGCCCAGAAACAUGCUGGUUAUAUGCUGGGAGAGAAUUCCAAGAGCCAAGGUGCUAUAACCUCCAUUGGUCCUAUGGCGGGCAGUAAUCAUCUUAGCUGCAAUCUAUGGCUAGUCAGCUAGGAACAAGCAGUUUUUACUUCAUAUCAUGGUCUUACAGAUCAACUAGAUGCAUGGUUGUUCAUUGUUUAUUGCUUGAGCAAAAUUGCAGACUUUAGUCUUGA